AUGCUGAAGCAGAGCCGCCCCUCGCGUACGAAGGGACAGAGGCUCCCCACUCUCCGUGCGGUAGGCAGUAGCAAAACCUGCAGCGGGGAAGCUAGCGCCAACAUCUGCAGCGGGCAGCGGCGCGUGUCAAAACGAGGAAGGGCUACUGAUCGAGAACACAUCGCACCGGAGAAAAGCAAUGGACCAAGCAAUGACUCUCACCGAUUCGCAAGGAAUAUCCCAGUUGAGCAGGAGAGGAAAAUCUACGGCUGCAAUGGGUCGCCAAUGCUAGAUUGCGGUCGCGGCGGCAGAGCCGAAGACGGUGAUGAGUUCACCGCGUUGUCAGCCUCACCGCGCUCCGUCAACUCCGCCGACUCGUUCGGAACGCUCGCGUCAACCGGCGAGGAGUCGUUCUCUUUGGAAUUGGACGGCAACGCCAACGGAAGCUUGGCACAGGAAGGCGAGGCCGAUGCUGUUGGUGGUAAUGGUACCGCGGAGGCUGGAAGCGCCAGCAAAGGGCUGGGCAUCGUCGACAGGACGCUAUUCGACAGCUGGAAGGAAUUGCCGUGGCAGGCACGCCUGUGCCCGAAGGCUAUCGAAGGGCAGGAGGUGGUUCGCAGGGCCUCCGCUCUGGAGAUGGAGAACAUUCGGGUGCAGGCUUGGAGACGGACGCAACAGCUUUUAGCUACGAGCGCGGCACGAGAGGAGGAACAGAGGAUCUCGGGGUGGUGGAAAGGAGAAGCCGAGAAACUGUGGAGGAUACAAUCGCAGCGUCGCCAGAGUCACGAGACGCUGGCAGCUCGCCACGAGGGGGAGCUGGCGGCUCGCGAGGACAAAAGAACUGAGCUGCUUAGCAAGGGAUACGGCCGAGAGCUAGCGAAGCUCGAUAGCAUGGACGAGGCCAACCACCUGGAAAGCCUGCGGCAGGCAGAAAUGCUGUUUUCGUUCGCCGUUGGCGACAGCAGUAUAGCAGAGGAAACGCGAAAACCCACAAGUCCGAAAGAGGGAGUGACAACCAGUACCGUCGCGGAAGGGCUUGACACGGUGGCGGCCCCUGGCGCCUACGCCACGCCUCCCGGCACCACCCUACGAACAAGCGUGCGGUCGCCCAGAGUGCCAGACGGAAGGGAAAAAGAAGAAGGAACACUUGCAGGGACGAAAGAACAGCAGCAGCAGCAGCAGGAAGAGAAUGGCGAGGCUCGAGUUGUCCAGGAAACAGCUGAGGCCGAUUGUAUAGAGAAAAUUUCCAGCCACGUGCAGCUGGAGCUAGAGCGAGUCGCCCUCCACGAGUCCGUGAUGAAGGCGACGGUGGACAAGUUUCGCCGCCGCCGGCAGAGCCUCGCCGUUAUCCUGUGGUGCGGUCUGACAGCGAUGUACCGGGAUUGCAGGGCCAGGGCCCGGCGUACCUUCGUGUCGGAGUGUGCCGCAGAUAUCGGCAGGAUAAAGCAGCUCGCUUCUUCUCCUUCUUCCGGUGGUGGCAGCACCGGCGAAGGGCAAAACUUCCCUCUUUCUCCUCCUCCCCCUGUUCCUCCCCCUCCCGCGGCGGGUGGAACAGAAGACGUCUUGAACGAGUUCUGUGGUAGCGGUAGCGGCACAUUAAGUGAUUGCGGAGAAAGCGAUAGCGGCAUCACUAGACCUAGUGGCGUUGACGUUGCCGAUUCGCCACCAGACGUCCAGGACGCGCUCAGAAAAACAACAGCGACGACAGGAGGGCCAGGAGCGGCGGGGCACCGCGAGAGAACACGAGCGACGCGAGAGCUUCGUAGUGAGGCCAGCCGCGUCGCCCGCUGGGACAAGCUCCAGCGAGGAGUCUUACGGAGGAGCACCUACGAGGUCACUAGGCUCCUAACCCCCGACGGACUGCGCCGACACGAUGGCGGCGGGUGGCCCAACGCUUGGCGACAGCGGGGUGACCGCCGUGGCGCGGACGGCGGGGUAGUGGAGUCUACACUGGCCGUGCACAAGCGUGCGAGACUUUCCAUGCGCGAGCUGAGGGGGCGGCAGGCGGAUGCGUCCUUGGAGGCAAGGAUCAUCGAGCGGUCCUGGAUGGUGUCCCUGGCCCAGUGGGAGGCCCAGCUGGUCAAAGCUCGCGCCGUGGCAGCUGAUGCAGAGGUUCGGGAAUUGCGGAUUCUGCAACGGGAGGAUGCAGAGACGGCCAGAGCGCUCGAAGUAUCGCAGUCGUUGGCGCGCGUGAUCGACAGAGAGCAGAACCUGGUCGAUGACGCCCAAUCAUCCCUCGUUGUGGACCUGGCGAAGAUUGUCGCUGACGAGAACGCGAAGAGAGCCGAAGCCGCGGCCGUCGCUCGGCGACACUGGUGGGCCGAAGCCAGGGAGAGCCUCCUGGACUUGUUCCGUUCGGUGCACAGCAGCAAUUGGAACGACCAAGAGAGCGGCGGCGGCUGCGCCGACGUUGACGUCGGUAUCCAUGGUGGUGGUUCUGCCACCGAGAAGCCGGCCGCUACGUCAUCGGCAUCCCUGCAGCGUAUCCGGACUAGCCUGGACGAAUUGCUCCGCGCGGAAGAAAUUCUAAUAGAGAAAGCUGCGACAGACUUCCUCACUGCCGUCAACGCCGAUGAAUGCGGUGGAGGAGGAGGAGGUCCACUACACGUCGCGGCCGUGGAGAAUCAGCGGUACACCAAUGAGGUACUAGAGCGAUGCACGAAAACUUUCGAAGCCGCUAGCUUUGAUCCGCCGACCUCGACAGUCAGGCAACCCACGCCGGUGAAUCUAAAUCAGUGGUCAACGGAAGGAGGCAGCAGCAGCGGCCACCUUGGUGGGGCACAUAAUCCCGAAGAAGAACUAGCCUCUUUUCGGGGUAGACUUGAGACGGACGCGGUCCAGCUAGCGGUCGCGUCUUUUGAGGCGGAGGUUAGGCAGUGGGCGAUUGAUGCUGCAAUCCCAGAAACUGCAUCAGAGGCGGUGCUGCCGCCGUGUCUUGCGGGAGCACCAUCAACGAUGGUGGAAAUCGAGGGCAAAGGAUCGUCACCACCGUUUCCGUUGGAUGGCCGACCGCCAUCAAGCGACCUAACCAGGUCGCAGCUCGAUCUCGGACGGGUUGCGAGAGUCAAAGCCUUUGCGAGAACCAUGGAAGACAUGUUGUCCAGAACCCGAAAGGCUCUUCUCAAGGAAACGCUUCAGGCGGCGACGGCUACCGAGAACGACUACAAUCUCAAGGUCUCCUCGAUCAUAUCCCGCCACUCUGGGAAGAUCAGCCAUUUGAAGACCGAAUCGCGGGCGAAAGGCGACAAGGCCCUCGAGACCGCGCUCAACGAGGCCGAGACCCUUUCCGAGGAAAGGUCUUGGAGAUCGAAAACGGCAGCAGCGAUCCGACGGCGGGCGCUGGGACCGGUUGUGAGUUGGGUCGGCGCGGCAGUUGAUGCCGAGCUCCGGAGAUCAGAACGGCGUCGACGAAGGCGGCAGCAUCGCCAACAUCGAAUCAGAGCUUCUUUGGAAAACUUCGAGCGCAAUGCCUCUGAAGAGCAACAGGACUGGCUGCGUCACGUGAGAGGGCGGGGACAUGAAGCGACAGAGGUAGCGAGAACAGCGAUCUCCGACCACGUCGCGGAACUCAUCCUUCAUGAGCGGCAGCGCCAACAAGACCAAGAAGGGAGAUACGAGGCAUUGUCGAUGGCGGCUGAUACUGCGAAAGAUCUGAGCUCGCUGCAAGACUGUUCCAGUAGCGCUGGAGAAGGGACUAGUACCGACGACAAGGACAAGCCCGGCGAGCAGGGCAAAAUGGAACAGGGCGAACAAUUAAUGGCCUUGAACCAAAGUGCACUGGUCAUGAACACCGUUGCCGCUGCUGAGGGUGUCAACGGGGAUUAUGUCGACGACGACCACAGCGGUGGAAAUUUUCCACAACCGCAGUUCCAGGGUGCUAAACGUCAGCAUGUAGCCAACCAGGAUGGCGAUGGCGACGUGUUCGUCGAGCCUCCGUCACUCGAAGGUCUCCGAGUCGAAGCGAUGGCCGUUCUGGCGGCCGCAGAGGCUUCGUGCAUGUGUGAUAUCGACGCGUGGGUAGAGGAAGCCCGACGUCGGGAGCUGGAGAUGAUCUCGGCGUGGAUGGCGGAAGCCGCGUCCGGUGAUAUCGAAGAACGGGAAAUGACAGAAACUGAGCUCGAAACCUUAGAGUCGGCGUUUCGUGCCGCUAGGAAGGAUGCCGACGAAGCCGUCUCUUCAGCUUGUUGUGAGGCGUACUCGUUGCGGCCGUCGGGUGUUUCUGGCGCGGGUGCAGCACCCAGCGGAACGGAAAAGACGGCUGACCCGGAACCGUACGCAACCAUUGGUAGCACUGAAACCGCGGCACCUGGAUUUUUAGCCGAGGAGGAAGAGGAAUGCUCCGCCCUUUGGCCGAGCUUGGAACGGCCGCUGUCUACGCAAAAGCUCGCAUUGAAGACGAUAGCGGCGGGGUCAGGCGGGUUAUGCAGGGACGAGAAAGAGGGAGAAGAAGGGAAGGAGGCCAAGCUGGCCGCCUCCCGCAUCAUCACCGGCCUCGAGUGCGAACUGAGAGCCGUGGUCACCGAUUCUUUCUCGUCGACUGGGAAGGUGGAGGAGGUACGGUCAAUGAUUCGCGCGAGCAGCGACGAGCUCAGGGUGGCUUUCACCCUCAUAAGUGAGGAGACGCAAGCGAAGAGGAAGGUCAGAGACCUGGAGCUGGUGGAACGGGCGAGAACCGAACCUGAGGAAGCCCAGGAAGCGAAAGCACUGGCGUAUGGAGAACACAAUCAGAGUCCCCCUGCUACGGCGGCGGAAGGGAGGGUGACGGACGCUGAGAGAAAAAACGACGUCGUACCUGCCAUCUCGUGGGAAAUCGCGAGAGAGGAUUGUGGUGCGCCGGACGGCGGCAUCGGCACGGAAUGA